GUUUAGAUUUAGAAAGAAAUAAGAAGAAAGACGAGAGCUGAAACGCUGGAGUUUGAAAUAUCCAGUGGAGUUUUGCCUGGACAUGUCCUUGUGUUGGAGCAGGAGGACAUAAAAGCUCCGGCCGUGGUUUGAGAAAUCAGAGACACUCCCAACACCGCUGACAAGAAGAGGACAAACAUCAACGGGAAGAAGCAAGCAGACAUGGGCCCCCUCUUCUAUUUCUCUGCUGAGACAUGGACCCUCCUGGUCGCCCUAAUCACACUAAUAAUUGUGUAUGCCUAUUGGCCCUAUGGAGUGUUUAAAAAGAUGGGCGUCCCUGGUCCCAAACCUCUGCCGUUUAUAGGCACAAUGCUGGCGUAUAAAAAGGGAUUUGUUAACUUUGAUCAGGAGUGCUUCGACAAAUAUGGGAAAACAUGGGGCAUUUUUGACGGGCGCCAGGCUGUGUUGUGUAUCACAGACCCUGCCAUGAUAAAAACUAUUCUGAUAAAAGAGUGUUACUCAUUGUUCACCAAUCGAAGAGUACGUACGCACACACACGCCAUCAAUAACACCUUUAUUGCUGCUUUUUUUUUAGUUGAACUAAAUGCUUCAAACCUGUUACAGAACUUCCAGCUGAACGGGCCGCUGUACGACGCCGUGUCCAUCGCUGAGGACGACCAGUGGAGGAGGAUCCGCAGCGUCCUUUCUCCAUCCUUUACCUCUGGGAGACUGAAAGAGAUGUUCAGCAUAAUGAAGCACCACUCCGCCAACCUGGUUAGCAGCAUGAAGAAGAAGGCCGACAGGGAUGAGCCCUUGGAGCUGAAGGAGUUCUUUGGGCCCUACAGCAUGGAUGUAGUGACAAGCACAGCCUUCAGCGUUGACAUAGACUCACUCAACAACCCCUCGGACCCGUUCGUCGCCAACAUCAAGAAGAUGCUGAAGUUUGACUUUUUCAACCCUCUUUUCCUCUUAGUUGCCUUCUUCCCCUUUAUGGGUCCCAUAUUGACCAAAUUUGACUUUUCCUUCUUUCCACUGUCUGUGACCGACUUCUUCUACGCUGCACUGCAGAAGAUCAAGUCUAACCGGGAAAGCAGCAAGCAAACAAGUCGAGUGGACUUCCUUCAGCUGAUGAUUGACUCCCAGAAAAACAAUGGGGGGGUGGAGGAAAAGGGUUUGACCGAUCACGAGAUCCUUUCGCAAGCCAUGAUUUUCAUCUUUGCUGGAUAUGAAACAAGCAGCAGCUCUCUGUCUUUCUUGGCCUACAACCUGGCGAGGAACCCUGAUGUCAUGAAGAAGCUGCAGCGGGAGAUUGACUCCACCUUCCCCAACAAGGCUCCCGUUGAGUACCAGGAGCUGAUGCAGAUGGAGUACCUGGACAGCGUCAUCAAUGAGUCUCUCCGUCUGUACCCCAUUGCUGCCCGUCUCGAGCGUGUGACCAAGGCAACCGUGGAAAUAAAUGGCCUUGUGAUUCCAAAAAAUAUGGUUGUCAUGAUCCCCACGUGGCCCAUGCACCGGGACCCCGACGUGUGGCCCGAACCCGAGGUGUUCAGACCUGAGAGGUUCAGCAAGGAAAACAAGGAGACCAUAGAUCCAUACACAUAUAUGCCUUUUGGGGCAGGGCCCAGGAACUGCAUUGGGAUGCGAUUUGCUCUGGUGGUGAUGAAACUUGCUGUGGUGGAGAUUCUGCAGAGUUACAGCUUUUCCGUUUGUAAAGAGACCCCGAUCCCCUUAGAGAUGGACAUCCAGGGCCUGCUUACACCUAAGCAGCCAAUCAAACUCAAGCUGGUGCCACGAUCUGAGACCUCCUGCUAAAAAGGCAGGAUGACAGUUUAUCAUUCUAACCGAGCUGCGCAGACAUGUGCUGAAUGAAAACAAAGACACAAUGUUACUGUUAAAGUGCAGUUAUGCGGUUGUAUUUUCCUCUGUACUUGUCUUUUUUGUUACUGUCAUAGCUUUUAUCAAUGUCAACCCUUAACAGAGUGUCAACAAGCUCAUUUUCAAAGCUUAUGGUAACAAUAAACUAAAGAGUGGACCUA